AUGGCGCAGAAUAUGAGCAUCAUGAACCUGACCAAGUCCAGCUUGGAGACCAUGAACAGAAACCAAAUGCUCGCCAAAAAGAGCAAUAGGAAAAUUUUGAAGAUAUGCGUAUACGUAGUUCUGACAUUUGUGAUGUGCGGUGUAGUGUUCGUAUGCUUCACUGCGGUAUCGAGCAAUGGUUGGAGCGUUAUCCGCAGGGACAGCCUGAAAGGUCCUUUCACCUCUAGCAAUGGAGAUAUCCUUAACAAGGCUGAAAUAGAAACCCUGAAAUUAAUCUUCUCAAAAUACCGUAAAGGGGACAAAGAUCAAACUGGUGAUGAUGUGAAAGCAGGAGCAGAUGCCGCCGUACCUAAUGAAGAGGAUGAAAAGAUAAAAAUUGAAGACUCUGGCAAACACAUCAAACUGAUGAGGAAGUAUAACGAAGUUGUGGCGGACAUGAGCUACAAGGAGAGAGAACAAUUAGCAAAAAUGUUGAAGGAACUUUUGAGAAAAAAAAUUAAUGAAAACAAAACAAAAAAGAAUGGCCCAAAUGGUAAUGGUAAAGAAGGCAAAGAAGUGAUCAAUGGCAGCUUGUCCAAUUUUAAUUACAACAGGGUCAGCGCGAAUGAAGAUGAUAAUGAAUACGACGGAGAGUUGAGUGAGGAACACAUCGAAGGAUUAUUUUUCAACCUGAAGUACGCGUCUAAAUUUUUUAAAUUCAUGAACCAGUAUAACAGAAGUUAUAAAGACAUCACUGAGCAGAUGGAGAAAUAUGAAAAUUUCAAAAUGAACUAUCUAAAAAUUAAACAGCACAACGAAACGAACCAAAUGUACAAAAUGAGGUUAAACCAAUUUAGUGACUAUUCUAAAAAAGACUUUCAAAAUUAUUUCAGAAAAUUGCUUCCCAUACCUGAGCACUUGAAGAAGAAAUAUGUAGUACCUUUCAGUUCCUUGAAUAACGGAAAAGUUAAAAAAUUGGGUAGCAACAAAAGUGCAGACAUUUUUGACGAUGUGCCAGAAAUUUUAGACUAUAGAGAAAAAGGAAUCGUACAUGAACCCAAGGAUCAAGGAUUAUGUGGUUCCUGCUGGGCAUUCGCCAGUGUAGGAAAUGUUGAAUGUAUAUAUGCCAAGGAACAUGACAAAACCAUUUUAACUUUAAGCGAACAAGAAAUUGUGGAUUGUUCAAAGUUAAAUUUUGGCUGUGAUGGAGGACACCCAUUUUAUUCCUUCAUUUAUGCCAUCGAAAAUGGAAUCUGUUUAGGGGCCGAUUAUAAAUACAGAGCUAUGGAUAAUUUAUUUUGCCUAAAUUAUAGAUGUAAGAAUAAGGUUACCCUUUCCUCAGUGGGUGGGGUGAAGGAAAACGAAUUGAUACGGGCAUUAAAUGAAGUAGGUCCAGUAUCCGUUAAUGUCGGUGUAACAGAUGAUUUCUCCUUUUACGAUGGAGGAAUAUUUAAUGGUACAUGCACGGAAGAAUUAAACCACUCCGUUCUUCUUGUCGGUUAUGGCCAAGUGCAGACCAGCAAAAUCUUUCAACAAAGUAAUAUUUACGAUGAUGAUGAUGGUGUUACGAAAAAGGGAGCUAUAGUCUCACGGUCGAAGGCCGAUGAUAGUAUUCAGUACUACUGGAUUAUCAAAAAUUCGUGGAGCAAACAUUGGGGAGAAAACGGAUUCAUGAGACUUAGUCGAAACAAGGAGGGAGACAACGUGUUUUGCGGAGUUGGUGUCGAGGUUUUCUACCCAAUUUUGUAA